GACGUAUAUAAUAGCGGCGAGGUCCGCGUAUCUCCAAUCAUGAAGGUGAGCAGCUACUUCACGCACGUGAGGCGACUGAUGAUGAUGAUCGGAAUCUGGAAAGUGGAGAAUCCAGAUACUUCCAGGUUCCGAAAACAUGCCUACCGAAUUUACUCGCUGUCUUUCCAACUAUUUUGCUAUUCUGCCGCCGUUUCUUUACUGGCGGAAAUACCUUCCUUGGCGAAGACGGACGUGGCAGCUGCCAUGGACAACGCGAACAGAGUAACAGUGUACAUAGUCAUCAUCAUUAAGAUGAUCGCGUGGCAAUCGAAAGAGAUGGUCGAGCUGCUUCGAGACAUUUUGAGGCAAAACUCGCAGAUGAGAGCUGCCUCGCGGACCGACCUCCGAGUCUGUAGGAUAUAUAGAGGUCACUCGAGGCACAACCACAAGUUUAUGUGCGUUCUUGUGUCGUCAGCGAUUUCAAUAUGGGUCGCCGUCUCUGGGAUAGGAAACCUCCAGGUUUAUCGGUUCAUCCGUGCAGCGGAAAACGUCAACGUCACCGAAAAACCACAGCUCCUUAGGUACUGGUACCCCUUCGACAAGCACAAACACCACGUGAUCGUCAUGGUUGAUCAGAACGUCAGGCUUGUACUCAGUUGUUUUUGUCUUGGUGUCACGAGCUCGUCGCUCAACUCGCUGGCCAUAUUCGUCAGGGCCCAGUUGAAAAUGUUGCAGUAUCGUUUCCAGCACUUCCACAGGCGUGACCAAGACGCUCCCUACAGCUUGAAGCUGCUGUGUACCAAACAUCAACGCUUAAUCUCAUACACCAUCAAUUUCAGUCAAUCGCUCAAGUACAUAGUGCUUCUGGAUUACACGGUAUGUUCGGCUACGUUCGCACUGCUGAUCCUUCAAAUCAUGGCAGAAGAAGAGCUGUUAAUCAAUUUCACCAUACUGACGUUCACCACGCUCCAGCUGAUGACUUUUUCGUGGAACUGCAACGAGAUCAUAGUGCAGGUAAUUGCGAGCUCGAAGCUGUCAACGGCGCUUUUCAAAAGUGACUGGUACGAUCAGGAGAAAUCUGCGAAAGUGCUGAUCCACAUAAUGAUGAUGCGGUGCCAGAAGCCGCUUUGCUUGCGCAUCGGAUGGUUUGGGGUGAUGGAUUUGAAUGCGGGGAUAUCGGUGAGCGUAGAUAGGAAACGCUUAGUGAAAAGAGUUGGACAAUUUGAAACUCUUGCUUUCAUUUUAUACAUUUACCACAAAGUGUUCACUCUGAUGCAUGCCCAGUUCUUCAUUGUCUCUUGGAACAUGAGCUUGGACUAUUUCACUCACGUCAGGAGACUGAUGAUGGUGAUCGGGAUCUGGAAAGUGGACACCACGAUGUCCAUCUCUCGAAAACGGAUUUACCGAGUCUACUCUUUGUUUUUCCAAUUGUUCUGCCAUUCGACAGCGCUCUCGUCGCUCGUAGAAAUACCGUCGCUGCUGAAAUCUGACGUGGAUGCUGCGAUGGACAACGCGAAUAGGAUCGUCGUGUACAUCGUCAUCAUCAUCAAGAUGAUCAUCUGGCAAUCCAAAAGGAUGGUCCGAUUGCUCGGCGUUGUCUUGGAGCAGGACCAGCAGAUGCGAAGUGCUGCUUUGAAUGACCAGGAGAUUCUCAGGUUGUAUGGGGGACACGUGAGGUACAACCAAAAGUUCAUGUUCGUCCUCGUCUUGUCUGGGACUUCAAUAGCAUUCGUCAUCGCAGCUAUAGGAGACAUAAACGUCUAUCAAUUCGUUCAGUCGCCUGAGAAUGCCAACGCUACCGAGAAACCGUUGCCCUGCCGGUAUUGGUACCCUUUCGACAGGAACAAGUACUACUUGGUCGCCUUGGUAGACCAGCACGUCAGACCUACGCUGGGUUGUUUUUGUCUUGGUGUCACGAGCGCAUCGCUCAACUCCCUGGCGAUAUUCGUUAGAGUCCAGUUAAAAGUGUUGCAGCACCACUUCCAGCAUUUUCACCAGCAGCAGGACAAAGCACUCGAUAGCCUGAAGUUGUUGUGCGUGAAACACCAACUGUUGAUAGAAUAUACCAUAGAGUUCAGCGAAUCGCUCAAGCACAUAGUGCUGCUGGAUUACAGCGUGUCGUCGGUCACAUUCGCGGUGCUGAUACUCCAAGUCACAGCUGGAGAAGAACUGAUAAUAAGCGUCACAAUAUUAACGUUCACCACGCUUCAGCUGAUGACGUUUUCGUGGAACUGCAACGAGAUCAUAGUGCAGAGCACUGAGUUGGCGACAGCGCUUUUCGAAAGCGACUGGUACGAUCAGGAGGAAUCUGCGAAAGUGCUGAUCCACAUAAUGAUGAUGCGGUGCCAGAAGCCUCUAUGUUUGCGUAUCGGCUGGUUGGGGGUGAUGGAUUUGGAAGCGGGAAUGUCGGUGAACAUAAACCCGGAAGAGUCUUUGACUGGAAAACUAUAA